AUGAGGGCUUGCCAAGCGCAGCCGCAGGAGGCAAGGCGGUUGGCAUUGAGGGACGCACUGGAGGCGGCGGAGAAGCCCCCGAACUUCAAGGGAUGGCUCUUUCCUGGGGCUAUCAAGUCGGCAUUUGGGGAGUAUUCGUUGCCGCCUAGCCUCAGAGGAAAUGGACUCGAACGAAGGGUGAUAGUGGCGUUAGUAUACGUCAGGGAGGCCACAACUCCUAUCUCCCUGCCUCUGGUCGUCGAGGUAGAGGCGGGUAGGUUGCGGCUCUAUUUCCAGCAGCCGAUAACCGCGCAGGUCUUCUACGGCCUCUGCUGGUGGAGGGAUCCGUCCCUGCGGUACCGUCCCCAGGCGUUCGAUAUGUUCAACCUCGAACUCAAAACCUGGGAACGCGUCCCGGCCUCGACUCAUCGGGACAACGCGAUUUAUCUUCCCCUUCCCCUUCGCCACUUUCCCAUCUUCAAGCCGUCGUCGAUCGUGACCGCGCCACAUCCCGAGCAGUUUGCGCGCGGCGGUAGGGGUUUCAGGGCUAUUUGCUCGAUGAAGGUCGAGUUCAUCCCCCACAUCAAGCUCUUGUGGCCGCGUGGCCUGAAACACCCUCCAUUGUACGUUAAGGCGAAGUGGUCGCUACCUGCGACUUCGCGCUGUACGGCGUGCUCGAUAGUCCUUUCCAACUCGAGCAUUAUCUCACGCAGCCCCGUCUGCCCCCACCGCAAGACGAUCAAGCACAUCACCGUUCUCUGCCUGGAGGGCGAACACUUCGGCAUUCUUUUUGACUAUUGCCCAACGCUGGUGUCGUACUGGCUUCAGCCGGCGAUGCAACAGCGGGAGGCCCUGCUGGACGUGUUGACAGAGCUCGAGGACCCUCCGACGCUGGAGGGCUGGCUCUUCCCGGGGGCCAUCAAGGACUUCUACCACCCGCUGAUGAUACCGGAGUUGUUGAAGGCCGACGAUGAGGGGAAGGAGAAGGAAUUGAGGGUGGUGGAGGUGCUGGUGUUCACUGAGGACGAAUGCUUGCCCAUGUCCCUGCCCCUCAUUUCUGAGGUGACUGGGAACGUGCUGACGCUGAAGUUCUGUCAGCCCAUCACCGCCCAGGUGUUCCCUGAGCUUCCGUGGGACAGGGAACGCCAACGCCGUAAGGACAACCCGCCGGCCAAAUUCGAGUACUACGACCUCAACAGCAGGUCGUGGGUUCAGGCCCUGGCAACCACCUGGAAAGCCGGCCGCAUCAGAAUCCCUCUCCCCCUCCGCCAGCUCCCCGUCUUCAAGCGCACGGACGUGCUAGUUACGCGGAAGGAGGCCGAAGACUAUUCCCUCGGGCUCCUCCCUCUACCGCCUCUCUGCUCGAUGCUGGCGAACUUCUCGCCGCAUCUUGAGUUCCUGCGCCCUACGGACCUCAAGUACCCGCGGACCUACUCCGACGCGCAGUGGACCAUCGACAAAGAACAAGUCGCGACGUGUCCCAGCGUCUGGGACGAGGACGCUACCGCUGCUGGCUCGGAGACGGGGGAAGGCGGCGGCGAGUCAGAGGGGAAGAACGGCGACAGUUUGGAGGAGUGA